AUGGACGCCUCUGCGCCUCGCCCAGAUCUCGUGAUUGGGAUUGACUUUGGAAUGACCUGUACUGGUGUCGCAUACUGCAAUGUCGCAACCGGAUCUGAAAACGUACGGCACAUUCAGAAAUGGCCUGGAAGAAUGCAAGCAAAUGAGAACAAGGUACCGACACUGCUCAUCUACCCGCCAAACUCGCAAACGCCAUCGUCGUGGGGCUUCCUCGCUGAGACUGCGCAAGAAGGAAACAAUUCCGAACAUGAGAUCAGGGAGUGGUUCAAGAUCAUGCUGGACGAGCAUCUUCUAGAAAAGAUGCAAUCGAAAGCUGAAGAUCCGGCAAGGCUACCUACGAUGAAGGAUGUGCAGAAGUGGUACACUGAUUAUUUCCAAUUGCUCUACCGCACCAUCGAAGCGCGAUUAAGGGGUGAGCUCGCAAGUCGGUGGGAAGAUGCAACUAUUGAGUUCAUCUUCUCGGUACCAACGACGUGGAAACCUGUACCUACCGUGGAGAGGUUCAGGAAUAUUAUCUUAGCUGCUGGAUUUGGCUCGUGUCCGAAGCACACUGCGACUAUUGGCUUGACGGAGGCGGAGGCGGCGGCAGUGCAUACAGCGCGAAGCAUGCCUGGGAUCUUCAAGAAUAACGAAAUUCUUUUUGUAUGCGACGUCGGGGGCGGGACGACGGACUUGUCGGUAUUUCGCAUCAAGGAUAGCGCAGGUGCAACCAUUGGGGCUGCUCAGCUCGACAGUCUCUUUGAGAAUGAGGUCCUACGAAGACUGCAGAUUUGCGACGAUUUGGAACCAAUGGGGCUGGCAGAUAUCAAUCAGGCCGCAUUUGAGAUGCGAAUUUCAAAGGAAUACCAAAACGCAAAAUGUGACUACGGGUCCGAGGAGUCGCUGGCCGAUACAGAGACAUUCGCAGUGCGCAUUCCGAAGCUUGAUCGCAGCUAUGUCAACCAAGAACAUGACAUUGAGGGUGGAGAUAUGCACUUCCGACGGGAUGACUUGAAGGUCUUCUUCGAUACUCAAGUCGUUAAGCUCUUCGACAUGAUGGACAAGCAGCUCACGCGAGUGCGGGAAAAGUUUCCGGGCGAACAAGUUGCUCAUUUAGUUCUCUCCGGCGGCCUUGGACACUCGGCGUAUAUUGAAAAAUGUCUGCGGAGCCGAUACGCGUUUGGAAAUCAUUUGCACCCGAAUGCGGAGAGCAUGCAGAUACGCAUAGCACCCGAUCCACAAAUGGUAGUCUGCAAGGGAAACGUGGCGGAUCGCGUCCAAAAGCUGAAAACAGGUCGUUCGGUGCUUGGUUGGCGAUGUUGCCGCGCUUCGUACGGCACGACGUGCAAGGUGCUAUACAGCCCAGCCAAUCCCUCGCACUUUGGUCUAAGAACGGAAGUGGAUCCCUUCGACAAGAAGACGUAUGUGACGAACUACAUCGACUGGUUUAGCGAGCCUGUAUCCAACGACGCACCGAUUGUGAAAUGUUUCCAGCGCAAGUGUCCGCCAGCAUCGCCGCAAAACCCCAAUCCAACGCGCAUAUUCCCUACGGAAGUCAUUAGCAACUGCCGCUCCAUCUGCAAAAUCGAGUCCGACUUCACCUCUGUCCCGCUCUCCGUCUUCAAGCUCAAGAACCGCCACUGGUGGAACAGAGGCCCAAAGUACCACCGCAUCAACUAUGUCGUCAAGGUGAAUAUGGGACCUGCGGAUAUUUCCUUUGAGCUGUGGCACGACGGAGUGAAGCUUUCGAAAGACAAGCCGAUAAAAGUUGAAUGGCAGGAGAGUGCGCCGCCAGAUCCAAGUCUUGUGGCUGUUGCGCCAGACCUGCCGAUGAGUGGCUUACCGGCUGUUGGGACCGGUCAACAGCGACGCAGUAAGAUGAAUUUGAACACGGAUUUCCAUGGGACGAAUGGGAGGUGGGUGGAGGACAAGAGUGGAAUUCGAUCGCAGGUUGUAUCGCAGAAUGGGUCGACGGUGUGGUGA